CACACGGUUUUUUUUGCACGAUCGCAGCUAGGAGAAUCAACAAAAAGCGCAUAUAAAUAUCAUAACAAGGACUUAAUAACUCGGCUCGUUGAGGGAUUGGUUUUCUGUAACAAUUCUGUAACAACUUUUUACAAUACCGGAAGUACCAAUCAUGAUCCACGUGGACGAAACAGAUCCUCUGGGUGAUGUGCCGCCAGCGUUCCCGUACAGAGAGGUGGAAAUUAAGCGCGGCGUCGAUCCAAAACAGAUAUACGAACUCAGCUCGGAGCUCGGCAGGGGAAAGUUUGGUGUCGUGUACAAAUGCAAGGAAAAGUCGACCGGCGUCCGACUGGCGGCCAAAUUCAUUCAGAUCGUGAAAAAGGGUGACCGGCGCAACAUCGAACGCGAGGUGCACAUGAUGAACGUCCUACACCACUCGAAGAUCGCUCAGCUAUAUGCGGCGUACGAGUUUGAUCGUACCUUUUGCGUCAUGAUGGAGCUCGUGGAAGGCGGUGAACUGUUUGACCGGGUGCUGGACGAAAAGUUCGUCCUCACGGAGAAGGCAUGCGCGAUCUUCAUGCGUCAGAUCUGUGACGCUGUCGCGUACAUCCACGGGAACAACAUCAUCCACCUCGAUAUGAAGCCGGAGAACAUCCUCUGCCUCACGGAGAGCGGUAAUCGGAUCAAAAUCAUCGAUUUUGGGCUGGCGCGUGAGUACGAUCCGGACAACAAGCUUCAGGUCCUGUUCGGUACACCCGAGUUCGUCGCUCCAGAGGUGGUCAACUUCGAAGCAAUUUCGUUUGCGACCGACAUGUGGAGCGUUGGUGUGAUCGCCUAUGUGCUCGUUUCCGGACUGUCUCCAUUUGCCGGUGAGGAUGACAUCCAAACGAUGGGCAACAUUACGAUUGGGCGGUACGACUUUCUUGAUGAAGCGUUUGACAACGUGUCCGAAGAGGCGAUCGACUUCAUCAACCGGUGUCUGGUUAAGGAGCAAAAGGAACGUCUCACUGCCGAGGAUGCACUCAAACACAAGUGGAUCAAACGAAAACCACAGUACCAUCCAACGAAUCGGCGACCCUCGCUCACCAGCUUCAAGCCGAUCUUGCUUGAAAGCAACAACAACAACAGCAAUGUAACGGUAGGCUUGAAAACGCGAGCCAAGACGGCUUGCCCUUUUCUCACAGGAACUGCUUCAUUUUCGUUGUAGAGUCCCGAAAUUGCUAAAGAUAACUUGAAGGAACUAGUCAACAAGUGGGACGAAACGCCCAACAACCGGUACGCGUUUGAACAGGACACAGAGAACAUUAUUGCGCCCUCCGGAGAAACGGUGCAACUUCGGAGACCCACGCUUCCGGAGUUGGCCGGCCUGCCAAAUGGAAGCAAUACGUCCGGUAGUCGAAGAGGUAGCAUCGCUCGGGAAACUGACCCGACCGAAAACGAGGAGGACAACGUCGAGAAUGAGGCACCAAACGGCGGCGAUCCAACACACAAACUGCUCCAAAUCAAUAUAACAAUGAAGGACGAACAAAAGCAACACCUGUAUCGCUAUGGCAACGAGCAUACUAGCAAUGACAACGACGUCCAACCAAUAGUGCUCGAGCUUAAACAACAGAAGGAGGCUGAAUUGAGGGAACCUGAUAUUUCCGGAUGUUCCUUUCAGAACAUGCGCAACGUUUUGAACACCUCGGCGUCUGCAGCAGUAACUACUACAUGCGAUAGUGACAGGGAGCACCUAACGCUUAACACCUUGGGAUGCGCUGAUUGUGCCUUGCCAGAGGCUGAUUGUGCUAACAACGAGGCAAUCGUGUGCUUGAAUGGGUUUGGCAGCAAUAGUAUUAGCAGUAGUGAUAGUAAUGGCAGUAUUAGUAGCUAUAGUAGCGUAGCGAAGCAGGAGCCUGUCCUUGCCACUAACCGACUGGCAGCUUGCAAUCUCGACGGUGGUUUCGAACCGGCAUCGACGGCCAUCGUCGUCAUCAUCGAGCGCACUUGCAAUCCAUUCCCUGAACUUCCGGUCUCUGACACGCACACUGAUUCGAGCGCAUCUGACGUACCUGUACACCGUACGUCCGAAACGCCCGAUUUGCUCUGCCUUUCCGCAGAUAGCGACUCCGUCGCGUCGUCUGACACUACGGCGAGUGUUGGCACGGAUCUGGUCAGUCAGCCCGACCAGUCGCAGGUGUCGAGUCCGGGUGGUUCGACGCACCGGGACAAGGUACGUGACGAUUUGCGUAAACUAUCCGACUUACUAAAGCUUUCCCUCACGAACGUGAAGGCGGUAGAUGGAGCAGCGGGCUUGGAGGACGGAUCGGAGGCUGUUACCAUGCCCACGUCUCCCGGACCGCUCGAGCUGGACAGCGAGCUGGAGAGCCUGAAAUCGAAGGUGAACACGAUCCGCACAUCUCGUGCCCAAAACAAGCUAAACGAACUGGCGCAACGGCCCGAUUUCUUGGCCAACGAUACGUUCAAACUACCCACGUUCCGAUUCCUGCCGAAAUCGAUCAGCCUGUGCAACGAGGACUCGGUGUUCAAGGAGAACUACACAAAGUUCUGCGACCGGAACGCGACUACCCGCCAAGAAACAGUCCCGGAGAAGGUAGAAUCCACCGCAGUGACGGUUGUUCGCAAGAAAUCUUCCACGUCUUCCGGAACGAAGAAGAAAAAGGACACGGAAGGGACGUCGACAACAUCAACUACGACUACCACCACCACCUUCGCCAGCACGGCCUCGGGUCGUAUCGCGUCCACGACAACAGUUCGCAAAACGAUUGUCAAACAGCAGAAGGUGGUGUUGGACGAUGGAGUCUCCCCAGCUAGCAACACCGCGUCCUCUGACAACCGACGUGUGAUCGCACCGACGAAGAGUCUCGAUGGUACGACUGACGCGACGUUGGCUCGUUCUGCUUCGGUCAAGCGCACGAAAUUCCGAGUCAACCAGAUGAGCAGUCGAGACGUGCCGGUGGCCAUCAACUCAGUAGCCCGACGAUACCUCGAACGGAGCGGUGUUCAGGACGAUCUGUCGACUACUGCGCCUAGUGCGAGGCUACCACAGAUGGUCAACGGAGUGCAGGCCAGCCUCGACGACACGGUGACGGCGAACAAUCUGCGCAACAGUGCUCUACGACUUCGCAGCUCGGUUUCCGCCGACUGGGACGCGAUGGAUGCGGUCGAGAACCGAUCGAUGAAGACGAUUAACACCUUCCUAAAGCGUCAUGCUGUUGCGAGCUCCGCUGUGCGACAGAUACAGGCCCAGCUGGAGGCAAGCAUUACGACGCACAAGUAGAGUAGGAUGAGGCUCUAGGAUAACUGCCCGGAACUGGCGCGGAAAGUGCACCUCACUUUUGACUGAGGUACUUCGCGCAUCUUUCCUUAUUAAUCCUCGCCCUCGGAUCGAUCGGUCACUUCGCGAACACGAUUGUACAUACAAUUCGCGACUCUUUAUACGCCAUGUGUAUUUAUACGUAGAAUUUAGCGAUCUAGCUGUACUGAGACAGGUGAACGAAUGGAAAGAGUGGUUUUAUGUUAGAACCGCGGGCGCACAGUCGUAUUCUAGCGUUUACGUGAAUAGACACUGGAAGGUCUUCUACAUGUAACCCUUCCCAAAAGGAUAAGGAAUCGAGAGGGCCCCUUAAGCUUGGGGAAAACCUAAAGCGAAGCAAAAAAGAACAUCUCGGGACGGGGUGUCUUGUUUCUUCGAGUGUAUAAUACGUUCUCUUAUUUAUUACGGAAAAUUAUAGCGAAAUAAAGAAAAUA